CACAGGCGCACUGAGCGCCCAACUGCCAUUUUGUGGUCCAAGCUAUUCUGCUAAAGGAGAGGGAUUAAAACAAACUGCCCAGAAGCCCGCACUCCUUCCCGGCCGCUUCAACUUUGUCGCACGGACCGAGUGCUGCCGGUCGAGUUCCGCGGGAGCAGCAACACUCCGUACGGUUCCCACCCAGGAUGGACGGUGGGCCAGCAGAGGGGGUGGGGGUGGUGGAAGUUCCCUCUAAAGACUUCCCGUCCAUUCAGGCCGUCCACAGCCAGGACGCCAUGGUGGCCGACCUCCUGCAGCAGGCCGCCCAGGCUGGAGGGGUGGUGGAAGGCCAGGCUGGAGUCGUCCUGGAGCAAGGACACGGAGAAGGGAUGGUGGCGGCGUCCCAGUCUCAGCAGCAGCUGAUCGAGGCGGGGGCGGGGGUGGAGAUGAUGGUCAUGGACUCGCUGGAUCCCACUCUGCUGCAGAUGAAGACUGAGGUGAUCGACGCUGCGGUUGGAGGGCCGUCAGCCACGGUGGGCGUGGUCGGAGGGGUGGCGGGCGGUGCUCACCAAGCUACUGUGACCACAGUGGACCAGACGCAAAUCAUCACGCUUCAGGUGGUGAACAUGGAGGAGCAGGCGGCGUUGGGCCUCGGCGAGCUCCAGCUGGUCCAGGUUCCCGUCUCUGCCACCACCGUGGAGGCUCUGCAGCAAGGCACUUACGUAGACACUGCAGCGAUGCCCAAGGACGGCGACCCCGUCAUCUGCCACACGCUGCCGCUGCCCGAGGGCUUCCAGGUGGUCAAGGUGGGCGCUAACGGAGAGGUGGAGACAGUGGAGCAGGAGGACGACGAAGUGGAAGCCCACCAGGAGGAGGAGGACGACGACGAGGUGGUGAACCAGCUGGUGGAGGGGGAGGGGGAGCCCAUCCAGCCCCCCAACGACGAGUCCGGCUGGUCCAAAGACCCCGACUACCAGCCCCCGUCCGGGAUCGUCAAGAAAGCCAAGAAGGGUAAGAAGAGUCGCCUGCGUUACGCCGAAGGAGACAAGGACAUGGACGUCAGCGUGUACGACUUCGAGGAGGAGCAGCAGGAGGGCCUCCUGUCAGAGGUCAACGCCGAGAAGGUGGUGGGCAACAUGAAGCCCCCGAAGCCCACCAAGAUCAAGAAGAAAGGAGUGAAGAAGACGUUUCAGUGCGAGCUGUGCAGCUACACCUGCCCCCGGCGCUCCAACCUGGACCGGCACAUGAAGAGCCACACCGACGAGCGGCCUCACAAGUGUCACCUGUGUGGGCGGGCCUUCAGGACGGUCACCCUGCUCAGAAACCACCUCAACACACACACAGGAACUCGUCCACACAAGUGCACAGACUGCGACAUGGCGUUCGUGACGAGCGGCGAGCUGGUCCGCCACCGUCGCUACAAACACACACACGAGAAACCCUUCAAGUGCUCCAUGUGCGACUACGCCAGCGUGGAGGUGAGCAAGCUAAAGCGUCACAUCCGUUCCCACACCGGCGAGCGGCCGUUCCAGUGCAGCCUGUGCAGCUACGCCAGCAGAGACACGUACAAACUGAAGAGACACAUGAGGACACACUCAGGAGAGAAACCGUACGAAUGCUACAUCUGCCACGCCCGCUUCACCCAGAGCGGGACCAUGAAGAUGCACAUCCUCCAGAAACACACGGAGAACGUGGCCAAGUUCCACUGCCCGCACUGCGACACCGUCAUCGCACGCAAGAGCGACCUGGGGGUUCACCUCCGCAAGCAGCACUCCUUCAUCGAGACCGGCAAGAAGUGCCGCUACUGCGACGCCGUCUUUCACGAGCGCUACGCCCUGAUCCAGCACCAGAAGUCGCACAAGAACGAGAAGAGGUUCAAGUGCGACAUGUGCGACUACUGCUGCCGUCAGGAGCGCCACAUGGUGAUGCACCGCCGCACUCACACCGGCGAGAAGCCGUACGCCUGCAGCCAGUGUGAGAAGACCUUCAGGCAGAAGCAGCUGCUCGACAUGCACUUCAAGCGCUACCACGACCCCAACUUCGUCCCCACCGCCUUCGUCUGCCCCAAGUGCAGCAAGACCUUCACUCGCAGGAACACGAUGGCGCGCCACGCCGAGAACUGCAGCGGCGAGGUGGAGGAGACGGAGAACGGCGCUUCGCCCGCCAAGAAGGGCAAGAAGGGCAGGAAGAAGAAGAUGAGGAGCAGAAGAGACGACGACGACAGCGAGGACGAUCAGGUGGAGCCGGACGAGGAGGAGGACGAGGGCGACGGCGAGGAGGCCUUGCUGCUGCCGGAGGAGGAGCCGGAGAGCAUGGAGCUGGAGCAGGCCCCCGCCGCCAUCCCCAUCCCGGCCCCCGAGGAGCCGCCCGUCAAGAGGAAACGAGGCCGGCCCCCGAAGAACGCCCCCAAGCCUUCAGCCGCCAGCCAGCCGGCGGCGGCCGCCAAGACCAGCGCCGUGGCCACCGCCAUCAUCCAGGUGGAGGACGAGAGCACCGGCGCCGUGGAGAACAUCAUCGUGAAGAAGGAGGACGGGGACGCGUCGGCGGCGCCCCUGGAGUCGGGCGUGGCGCUGACGGUGGAGGGGGUGGGGCUGGAGGAGGAGGGCGUGGAGACUGUGGAGCUGGCGGUGAACGAGGAGGGCGCGGCGGGCGCCGCCAACGGAGACCUGACGCCGGAGAUGAUCCUGAGCAUGAUGGACCGAUGAGCGCCGGGCCUUCCUUCCUGUCUCUGCCCCCCCCCAGUGUAAGCCCCGCCCCUCCCCCCCCUGCUUCAGUAGACAAACCGUGCACGAGGACGGAGAGCCACCGUCGGUCCGUUCAGACGUUCCUCUAACAGCAUAAUCUCUCUCAUCGUCUCCGCUCUCCGAGGAUCCUUGUUCUGGGUGUUUCUGCUUCUCGUCCUCGUCCAGCUUCUUUCACCACAUGAAGAAAUCACUCCUCCUCUUUCCAUUUUGUUUUCCUCCUCGAUUCAUUUUAAACCCUGGAACUCGAAACCGUCGCGUGUGUGAAAUCUGGCUUCCACUCAGUUUUUCCCUUCAUGAGCGGCGUGAGGAAACGCACUCACACACAUUCGGCUCACAAACACAGCAAGUUAUUGAUCAAAAGCUGUUUUUUUAACAAUAUUUCAAUGAAUUAAUGCUGAUGGACAGUCAAGUGGUCAGAAGUCACAUUUUCUUCUCCUUGACCUGCAUCCUUUAGCAGGAUGGUUUGUUUUAUUUGUACAUUCCGGAUGCUUCAAUCAGGACGGACGCAGUAUUCAAACAGUUAGCGGUGAAAGCGAUGAACGCCUGGGAUCGUGGACGGUGGUUUGCAUGUAAAUACACUCUGAAUGCUACUGCUUUGAUUCUUCUCUCAGCCUUUUUUUUUUUUAAAUGAUUUUAAAUUGAGCCGUGUUUGUCGGAAGGUAGAGGGAUUUUGAUUUUCUUUGUUUGGAUCCGCCUCUCGGCGCUCGUCGUCCCGCCUGUAAAGUGGAUUUCUUUUGCACGGACUCCAUCAUGUGUCCCUCCUCCCUCUCCGUUUUCACCGUUUGGCUCCAGAUGUGAGCGCGAGGGUCACUUCCACACGUUCAAAAACAUCCACCGGCGAGACGCAGGUGGCGGCGAAGCUGCUCACAUUAGUGGAAUUGGCCCGGGGGCCAGAAUCAGCCCUGUAGAAGCACCUUCCAUACUGUUCCCGCUGAUUUCCCCCUAAAAACAGUUUUU